UUAGUGAAUUCACUUUGGACAUAUUUAUCUGCGGCAAAUAAUGUCAUUUUUUGUUUUCUUCUAAAAAAUUCAUAAAAACAUUGCAAAGUCCGGAAAAUAAUUAAAAAUAACUGUUAUAAUAUUAAAACCGUCUCAUUUCCAACAGAUUAUGAGCAUUAUUGAAUUUGAAAUUGAUGAAAUACGAAAAUUGUGUGAAAAUGUUGUGCCCAACUCAAAAAUAAUUGCUUGCACUUCAGCUGCUCCAGCCCCUUUGGUGCGUGUGGACAUACAAGAGAAUCAAAACUAUCGUCAAUUUACGGUGUGUUUACGAUUUCCCGAAGACUAUCCAAAACGAACAAUCUUAGUAGAGCUAAAAAGUAAAACUUUAUCCGAAAAGUUCUUGCAAGGUUUGACGGGUUUGUGUGAAAAACAGUGCCAAGAGUAUUUGGGUAAACCUCAUUGCAUUAAAGUCUUACAAUUUCUACAGCAAUAUGUUAAAGAUAACGCCUUGUGUGUAUGUUUUGAUGAAAUUCAACAAUUGCGCAAGGAUUUGGGUUCCAAUGCAUCUGCGGACCAGUUAAAGAUCAAACAAAAGUCUUCAACGGUUCAUUUCACAGCCAAGGGAGGUGAAUACUAUUAUCGUGUUAAGGCCAUUGUGCCUCAAGAUUAUCCUAGGCAUUGUAUAGACUUGCAAGAGCAACAAACUAAUCUACCGGCAGUUUUAUUGCGCUAUCUUAAUGGACAAUCGCGGGAAAUAGCCCGACAAUGUGUGGAGCCGCCUUUGCGUAUGCCUAAAGGAAAAACCUUAGCAGACUUUCAACCAGUUCCUUCACUAUAUAGAGCUUUAAAAUUUUGUCUUGAGGCUACUUUGGCUUUUCAUAGUGAAAUUUGUCCUAUUUGUCAACGUUUGGUGCUACCACCUGAACCAAAAGAUUUGGAAAUGGACGACAAUAAAGAUGACUAUGUGGAAAGAGUCUACUGUGGUCAUUUAUUCCAUCAGGGUUGUCUGAAGGCAUAUUUGCAAGAACCACCUUUUCCUAAAGGUGGUAAAUUGUGUCCUGCCCGAAGACGUCAUUUACGUUCUGAUGCCACUUAUUAUUUGGGUGGAAGUCAAGGUUCCAAAAUGCCAACUAUAACACCGGAUACUGGAGGUAGCUGUGGCAUUCGUUUGGCGCAUGAUCGCUGGGUAGUCAGUGUUAAGGUGGCCGAAUCUAGAUGGGCCCAGAAACAGGCAAGACAGCGUGAAUUGGAAGAGGUUGUAGAUUUUUUGAAAUGAGGCUAACAAUUUUAAUAACUAUAUUUGAAUAACAUGACUUAGUAAUUGGUUUAAAAUACUUAAUUACUGUACAAAUAUUAAUUUACAACAUAAAAAAAAUUAGUAUUAAAGAUGAAAACUUUUUUAAUUCGGGCAUGUAAUGGACCAAAUAAUUAAAAGAUUUAUUGCUAUAAGGAGAAAAGUAAAAAUGAAAAGAAUUAUUUACAAACAUGGUGAUGUCGGAAAUCUUAAGGCAGAAAUCACAUUACAUACCUGUUAUAUACAUUAUUGAAAUCAGAUGCUCUCUGUAUAUAAAUUUUUUAAUCAUGGGCUAUUUUUAGAAUGUUCCUUGUAAUGAAAUAAUAAAAAGGCAUUGCAAAUAUUUUUUUCUCAAAAAAAAAAUUUUUUUUUGUAUUUGUAAUAUAUUAGCUAAGUUUAAUCAGAAAAACAACAAAAAACAAUGAAUCAUAGAUAAACUAUAAUUGGUCUUAUUAUUCUAAUAAAUUAAAUGAAAAUUCA